AUGCUGCCACAACAGAACCAGCGCGCGGCAAAGGCAACCGCAUCUGCUUCAGCCUCAUCCUCAUACUCGGCCAUCUACAGGUACAGCACGCAGAUAUUUCGGCCCGACGGCAGCUCAAUCAAGGUCAAGGAAGAGCUGGCACCACUGACAAAGCAUAUCCGCAACACAAUCCUAUCCACAGGACCCAUCUCCAUAGCCAAAUACAUGCAGACCGCGCUGAUCAUAUUCGGCCGUUCCGGCGAUUUUGUCACAUCGCCGGAGAUCAGCCAGAUGUUUGGCGAGAUCAUGGCAGUCUGGUACGUUUUGCAUUGGGAGAUGCUGGGCCGGCCAGAAAAGACCUCCUUUAUGGAGCUCGGUCCUGGCCGCGGCACCCUGAUGGCCGACAUGCUCCGGGCCGCUAAGCGGUUCCCAGCCUUUGCGGCGAGUAUCCGCGCAGUGCACUUUAUUGAGCGCAGUCCGGAGCUGCGCAAAAUGCAGCAUGAGAAACUGGGCUGCAGCUGGGACGCUGACGGGCUGACCGUCCGGUGGUACGACCUGAUGGAGGAAGUUGAGGGCGGCAGCGAUUGCGUGCCGAUGGUCAUGGCGCACGAGUUUUUCGACGCCCUGCCAGUGUACAAAUUUGAGAAGGGCGCGGGCGAUCAGUGGAGCGAGAUCCUCGUUGACGUCGCUGACUCGGACGCUGCGCCGAUGGCGGCCGCUGCAAACGCAGGCAAAGUGGACGCGAACCAGCUGGCAACGCACUUCAAGUACGUGCGCUCGCGCAGCGUCACCGCUAAUGCGGCACUGGCCCUGAACAACCCCAAGUUCUCGUCCAUGUUCAAUAAGGGCGACCAUGUGGAGGUUUCGCCAGAGUCCGCGCGCGUGAUGACGCAGCUGGCCGACUGGAUCUCGGCAAACAACGGCAUGGGCCUGAUUAUUGAUUACGGCCAGGACUGGACCCAGGGUGAUACGUUCCGUGGGAUUAGAAGCCACAAGUUCGCUAAUCCACUGAGCUCCCCCGGAUUAAUGGAUCUAACCGCCGACGUAGACUUUAGCUACCUCCGGUAUGCUGCCAAGGGCAGGGCCCAGUGCCACGGCCCGGUGGAGCAGGGUGCGUUCCUGCAUGCUAUGGGCAUCCAGGCGAGGCUGCAGCAGCUGCUAAAGAGCACGAGCGAUGAGAACGUGCAGAAAAACCUCGUUGAUUGUUAUACGCGCCUGACUGAUGUGCAGAGCAUGGGCAGGAUCUACAAGGUUCUGGCCGUUUUGCCCAAAUCGUCGCAGGCCGUGCCCAUUCCGUUUGCGUCGCCGUCAAGGGAGGCGCUAAACACGCCCAAGGUCGAGAAGAUUGUCAGAUAAUUAGACGCGUUUAUUUAUUUUUUGGCGAAUAAAUAGCCUUAAUAAAAUAACAUGAGCAAAGGAAAA